CUGCUGCUGCUGCUCGCCCUCUGCAGCCUGAGCGCUGCCCAGCCCCGCCAGCGCCAGGGUUAUUUGAUUGCAGCACCUUCUGUUUUUCGCUCUGGGGUGGAGGAAGCCAUAAGUGUGACCAUCUUCAACUCUGUCAAGGAGACCACAGUGCAGAUCCAGCUGGUGGUCAAAGGAGAGACAGUGUCACGGGGCCACGGAACAGUCCUGGAUAAAGGAACAAUUAAGCUGAAGGUGCCUUCAGGGCUUCGUGGACAAGCACACCUGAAGGUUUGGGGCAACAGGCACCUGGCAGAGGAAGGUUACAUUUUCCACAACUACACCACAGUCACCAUCGACAGCAAGGGCUCCUCAGUGUUCAUCCAGACUGACAAACCUGUCUACAAACCCAAGCAGAAAGUGUUGAUAAACCUCUUUAUGGUGACUUCUGACCUGAGGCCAGUCAACGACAGGAUUGAAGCUUAUGUGGUGGAUCCUCGGGGGUCUCGGAUGAUAGAAUGGAAUAACUUGAAGCCAUUUUGUUGUGGCAUUGUCAAUAUGACUUUCCCUCUGUCUGAUCAGCCAGUGUUUGGGGAAUGGCUCAUUUUUGCAGAGAUGCAGGGGCACACUUACAACAAAUCAUUUGAGGUGCAGAAAUACGUGUUGCCAAAGUUUGAGUUGCUGAUUGACCCUCCUCGUUACAUUCGUGACCUUUCACUGUGUGAAAAAGGAACUGUCCAUGCCAGAUACACAUUUGGAAAACCAGUGACAGGGAAGUUAAUUGUCAAUAUGACUAUAAAUGGUGUUGGGUACUACAGACAUGAAGUGGGACACCCUGUCCUCAAGACCACCCAGAUCGAUGGCUCUGCCGUGUUUGAUGUGUGUGUCAAGGACAUGAUGCCAUCGGAUGUCCCAGAGCACUUCCGAGGCACAGUCAACAUCUGGGCCACGGUGAUCAGCUCUGAUGGCAGCAAGCAGGUGACCUUUGAUGACUCCACACCUGUCCAGAAACAGCUGAUUGAUAUCAAGUACUCCAAGGACACCAGAAAACAGUUCAAACCUGGGCUGCCUUACAAAGGCAAGGUAGAAGUCACUUACCCCGAUGGAAGUCCAGCUGACAGAAUCACCAUCCGAGUUAAAGCUGAGCUCACACCAAAGGACAAUGUUUAUACAAGUGAACUGGUCUCAAGGAAUGGCCUGGUGGAGUUUGAAAUCCCCUCCAUCCCCACAGCUGCCCAAUAUGUCUGGCUGGAGACCAAAGUGACAGCAAUUGAUGGGAAACCCUCUGGGGAUCAAUAUCUGCCCAACUACUUGUCCAUCAGCAGCUGGUACUCGCCCAGCAAAUGUCACAUCCAGCUCCAGUCACCAGAUAAACCUUUCCAGGUGGGAGAGGAGGCCUGGAUUGCAGUGAAGUCCACGUGUCCUUGCAACUUCACUCUCCAUUAUGAAGUGGCGUCACGAGGGAACAUUGUCCUGUCGGGGCUGCAGCCCAGCAAUGUCACCCAGCAGAGGAGCAAAAGAGCCACCACAGCCUUUGAGAAGAACAUUGACCUCACACGCUUCCCAGGAACAGCACCUCCCAGCACACCUGCAGCAGAGGUGGAGGUGUGUGUGACCUUCCUGAGGUUCUCAGUCGUUCACUCCAUGGCUCCCCUGGGCCGGCUGCUCGUGUACUACGUCAGGGAGAACGGAGAGGGGGUCACAGACAGCCUGCAGUUCACUGUCAACUCCUCCUUUGAGAACCAGGUUGCCGUGGCGCUCUCAGCCAACGAGACCAGGCCCGGUGAUGUGGUGAACAUCAAGGUCAGAGCUGCAAAAGGAAGCUGUGUCUGCCUCGCCACGGUGGACAAGAGUGUCUACCUGCUCAAGACAGGCUUCCAGCUGACAGCCAGCCAGGUGUUCCAGGAGCUUGCAGAGUAUGAUGUGUCUGAUGCUUUUGGAGCUCCAAAGGAAGAAGGGCACUUCUGGUGGCCAGGCAUGUCCUCACGUAGACGCCGCAGAUCCUCCGUGUUCCCCUGGCACUGGGACAUCACCAAGGACGCGCGCUUCGCAUUUACAGAAACUGGCUUGGUGGUGAUGACUGACAUAGUCAGCCUGAACCACAGGCAGAAUGGAGGGAUGUACACAGAUGAGGCUGUCCCAGCCUUCCAGCCACACACUGGCACCUUGGUGGCCACCAUGCAUUCCAAAAUAGCACCAAGAGCAGAGAAGAGGAAAAGAACCUUCUUCCCUGAGACGUGGAUUUGGCACUGCCUCAAUGUCAGUAACAGCUCAGGGGAAGCCCAGCUGCGAGUGGAGGUGCCCGACUCCAUCACCACGUGGAUCACGGAGGCCGUGGCUCUGUCUGAGGAGAAGGGGCUGGGCAUUGCCAGCCAGACAGAGCUGAAGACGUUCAAACCUUUUUUCAUCGACUUCACGCUGCCCUACCACGUCAUCAGGGGCGAGCAGACCAAGAUCCCCCUCACUGUCUACAAUUACCUGGCUGUGUGUGCAGAGGUCCACGUGAAGAUUUCUGUCCCAAAAGGCAUAAAGUUUGUUGGGCACCCUGGGAAGCACCACCUGACCAGGAAGAAGUGUGUGGCCCCUGGGGAAGCCAAACCCACCUCCAUCGUUCUGUCCUUCAGUGAGCUGGGCCUGAGCAACAUCACUGCAAAAGCUUUUGCCUAUGGUGGGACCAACUGCUGUCAGGAGGGGAUGCAGACCCUGAAGAACAGCAAACACUCAGAGGACUCUUACAUGGACAAAAGGACCCCUGUGGGGGUGGAUUAUGUUCGCAGCAGUGUCAUUAUUGAGCCAGAGGGACUGUCCAGAGAAUACACCUACAGUGUGUUCUUCUGCCCAAAUGAGAAAAUACACAUUUCCACACCUAACAAAUAUGAGUACCAGUACAUGCAGAAACCAGCCCAGAUGAGGCACUUUGACAUUGCUGUGAAGGCCCACAACGAUGCCCACCUGGCCCUGUCCUCUGGCCCCCACGACAUGGCAGAGAUGACAGAGAUCGUCAUUGGGGGACAGCAAAACACCAAAACUUGGAUUUCCACCAGCAAAAUGGGAGAGCCAGUGGCCAGCAGGGACACGCCUGGCAUCCUCUCCUGGGAUGAAUUCCGCAGCUUCUGGAUCAGCUGGAAAAAUGGAGUUAUCCAGGUUGGCCACGGUACUCGGGUGCUAAACGAAUCUAUUAUUGUGGAGUGGACUGUCCCCAAACAGCUUGAGGUGAAGUACAUUGGCUUUUCCACAGGCUGGGGGUCAAUGGGAGAGUUUAAAAUUUGGAGAAAAGAAGAGACUGAUGAAAAUCACAAUGAAGCAUUUACUCUUGGAGUUCCCCACAACAUAAUUCCAGGAUCAGAAAGAGCUACGGCUUCAAUAAUAGGAGAUGUGAUGGGUCCUACUCUGAACAACCUGGACAACCUGCUGAGGUUGCCCUUUGGCUGUGGGGAGCAGAACAUGAUCCAUUUUGCUCCCAAUGUCUUUGUCCUGAAAUACCUGCAGAAAACCAAGCAGCUCAGCCACGAGGUGGAGGUUGAAGCUACCGAUUACCUUGUUCAAGGCUACCAGCGCCAGCUGACCUACAAGAGGCAGGACGGCUCCUACAGUGCUUUUGGGGAGAGGGACUCAUCAGGGAGCAUGUGGUUAACAGCUUUUGUGCUCAAAUCCUUUGCUCAGUCUCGUGGGUUUAUUUUCAUUGACCCCAAAGAACUCACAGCUGCCAAAGACUGGAUCAUCCAGCACCAGAAAGAAGAUGGUUCUUUCCCUGCUAUGGGCAGGAUUCUAAACAAGGACAUUCAGGGUGGGAUCCAUGGGAAGAUCUCCCUGACAGCUUAUGUGGUUGCAUCUCUUCUGGAAACAGGUGUCACUUCUGAGGAAGAAAGAACAGCUGUUGACAAAGCAAAACAUUUCCUGGAGUCCAACCUGUACUCAGCAGAGGACCCCUACACGACGGCCCUGAGCGCCUACGCCCUGAGCCUGCUGCACAGCCCCUCGGCGGCUGCCAUGCUGCGCAGGAUGAACAGCAUGGCCAUCACCCAGGAUGGCUUUACACACUGGAGCCUCACAGGAACCCUUGUCACUGAUGAAGACACCUUCAUGGGCUUUAAUGAUGGACUCUCCCAAUCAGUUGUUUCUGCAGAAGUGGAAAUGACAUCUUAUGCCCUUCUGACCUACACACUCUUGGGAGACGUGGCCUCCGCACUCCCUGUGGUCAAGUGGCUCUCACAGCAGAGGAAUGCACUGGGAGGAUUCUCAUCUACCCAGGACACCUGUGUGGCCCUGCAGGCUCUGGCUGAAUAUGCCAUCCUUUCUUAUGUUGGAGGAGUCAACCUGACCAUUUCCUUGGCUUCUACUAACCUGGACUACCAGGAGACCUUUGAGCUUAACAAGAUGAAUAAAAAAGUCCUUCAGACUGCAGUGAUCCCCAGUAUUCCAACAGGGCUGUUUGUGAGUGCCAAAGGUGAAGGCUGCUGUCUGAUGCAGAUCGAUGUCACUUACAAUGUACCUGAUCCUAUUGCCAAGCCAGCCUUCCAGCUCCUGGUGAACCUGAAGGAGCCCAAGGCAGAGCAGCACCUGCAAGCCCCAGCCCCGCUGCGCUCGGGCUCUGCUGCCCAGAACCGCCCCGGAGCCCUGCACAGGGACAGGGCCCUGGGGGACGACGAGGACCCGGCCUCAGACCAGGACCACCGCGAGUACAAAGUCAUCCUGGAGACCUGCACGAGAUGGCUGCACUCUGGAUCCUCAAACAUGGCUGUGCUGGAAGUGCCUUUGUUCUCGGGGUUUCGGGCAGAUAUUGAGAGCCUGGAGCAGUUAUUGAUGAACAAGCAAAUUGGAUUAAAAAGAUAUGAAGUGGAUGGAAGAAAAGUCCUAUUUUAUUUUGAUGAGAUUCCCAGCCAGUGCAUGACCUGUGUGAAGGUCCAAGCUUUCAGAGAGCACAUAGUGGGGAAAACUGCCCCGGUUCCUAUCAAAGUGUACGAUUACUACGAGCCAGCUUUUGAAGCCACUCGUUUCUACAACGUGAGUGAGAACAGCCCCCUGGCCCGGGAGCUCUGCGAUGGCCCAACCUGCAACGAGGUGGAGAGCUCAGCCAGCCAGUGGGUUGGAUUUGUCCACUCUGGCCCUUGCAACAACAUCUUUGGCUGCCUGGAGGACGAGUACUUCGAGCAGUGCCUGUGCUCGCGGGACUGCGGCUACGACGGGGAGCCCGUCUGCGGCUCCGACGGACACAUCUACCCCAACCACUGCCAGAUGGAGGUGGCAUCGUGCAGGAACAACACCAGGAUAGAGCAGAUGCCCAUGGCUCAGUGUUCUGCCUCCAAGAACUUGCCAGAAGAAAGGGAGACACAAUCCCACACAGCUGAGCAGUCCAGUGUUCCCCAGACUCCAGCAGCUCCCGCGGCCCUGCUCGCCCCGGCAGCCGAGGAGGGAUCCCCCCUGCACACAGACCUGUCCUACUACUCCUACGAGUACGACCCCGACGCUUUCGCCGUGGAAUCGGACGUGUUCGAGGUGGUGGCGGAGCUGAGCACGGCCGGCAGCUCGCGGGACGGGGACGGCGGCCAGGGCGAGGCCGCGCCGGCGGAAUGAAAUACGUAAUUUAAAUAAAGAGAAGAGGCUCAGAAUCGACUCCUGUAUGAGUUUGUUCCUCCAGACGACCUGCUGCAGAACAGAAUCUGAAUGAUGACUACUUCCUGAUGCCCUCAGAACUGUAGGCUUUGCUGCCCCUUGGGGCAGAUCUGGAACUCUAAGGGGGACACUCAGCAUUAUUUUUCUGUCCAUUUUCCUGCCUUCCCUUUGGAGCCCUUCCAGUGAUGAGAGACCAAUAUGCUGUGCCCUCUAGGUGAGAAAAAUAGGGGCUGGAAUUCAAACCUAUAGAGCAUUUCCAAGUGUUUGCUAUCAGGAUAUUCUGCAAAUGCCAUUUCCUAGCUACACUUAGAAGCUAAGUCCAGGCCUUGUGCUUAGCUGAACUGCUGUUUGAGGAAAGAUGGCUGAGAAUUUUUUUGCUCAAAUUAUAAUAAUAAAAGUCAGUGUGUUUUGCCAAUUAUGACAUAGCAAGAGGCUACUCAUCUUCCCCAGCCCAUCAGUCUGCUGCACCCAGGAAAGGAACACUUCCCUGUGGCUCCACAAUUCAGAGAAACUCUUGGGAGGUACAUUUUACCUGAGAAAACAGAAAUCCACUGCUAGGGCUGAAAGGCUUCAUGUCUGCUGCUGUCUGCAGUCCUCAGGUGGGCGUUUGCAGCCUCAGCAGAGGCAGGGAUGAGGUGGGGGAGCCCUCUUUGUGUUGCACUAUGUGCUGACAGGGGCUGCUCGCAGCCUUCUCAGCCCCUUUCCUUCUCAAAGCCUGGCCUGAAAAUUAACCUGGCCGAGGCACAGCCCUUUUAAAUGUUUGCCUGAUAUCACCAACCCCUUUUAUUUUGCUCCCACUGGCAUCCAGCACAGCAUGUUCUGGUCCUGGUACUCCCUGGCCAGGCCCUGGCUCUGCUGGCAGUACCAAUCCCUGGUGUCACAGGCUGGACUCCCUUGGUCUGACCUGCCCCAAGCAAUGUGGCAAAACUUAAAAAGAAAAGCUUUGUGUUUCCAAAAGCGCAGGAGCCAAGAUUUUUGAGUUUCCCUUCCUGCCUGGAGCAGCAUUGUUCUCUUUGGAGGAGUUACAUGCAAUUGCCUCUUGCAAAAUAGUGUUAAUAUUUUAUCUUCCCACUUCUAUUGUUACCAGGACCCAGAGCAGGG